ACACACACGUGCAUACACGGUCACAACAGGAGUGCAAAGAGUGACUCAGGUAAGCAGGAAUGCUCCUGAUGAGAGAGCACCCUUGAUAGAAGGAAGCAGCGUGGCGGAGUAAGAGAUACUGGAGGAGGAGCUAUAGAACUGGGAUUUUUAAGGAGGAAGAAAAGAGGAGUCACACAGAAACUGAAAAUCUGGAUUCCCAGGGUGGGCUUACAAAGGGAGAAAUAGAGAGGGAUACAAGCAAGAUGGAUGUGGAGUGAUGCAAGCCCUGAUUGGAUAAAUCUGACAGACUAGAAGGUGCUGGGACAUGUUUGGAGUCCGGAUCACCUGAACUCAUCUGGGGACAUAACUUAUGAGAGGGACCACCCAGAAGUGAUCCUCCCCUGGGAGAACCUGCUGACAUAAGAGAUUUUUUUCUAGGAUCUCCCUGAAGAGGUGGCGAUCAGGUGGCUCACCUGUGCAAUGAGGGUCCUGUGUGUGUGCCUGGCCUGAGACGACCCGCCCCAGAGGCUCCAUCAGCCUGUCCCCUCCUCUUUCCCGCAAUUGGAUGUCUUGAUGUAUUGCUGUGGGCUGGGACACUGGCGGAGAGUGCAGUCCACCCAUGGAGAGCGUCAGGACUUGGACGCCGUCGAGGAAAGAAACGCCCAGGUGCAGCUGGAGAAGGCCAAGUACAAGCCUGUGGCAUUCGCAGUACGUUGCAACUUCUCUUACACGCCAGCAGACGAUGACAACGUUCCCUUACCGGGCCAGGCCGUCACCUUUGAGGCCAGAGACUUCCUCCAUAUCAAAGAGAAAUGUAACAAUGAGUGGUGGAUCGGACGGCCGGUGAAGGAGGAUGGUGUGGUGGGCUUCAUCCCUAGUCCAGUCAAUCUGGAAACCAUUCUCAUCAAAAGAGAAGUCCAGGCGAGGAAAGCUGCCAAGGCCUUAGCCAACAAAGCUCAAGUAGCUCAAGAUAUGAACUCAAAGAAAUAUACUCCUCCAUCACAAGCCAAUCAACAGGUGAAAAAGAAACCGGGGGAGCAGGUGGCUAUGUAUGAUGUAGUGCCUACAAUGCGUCCUGUGGUUUUAAUGGGACCAUCACUAAAGGGUUUAGAGGUUACAGAUAUGAUGCAAAAAGCUCUAUUUGACUAUUUAAAACAUCGAUUUGAAGGCAGAAUUACUAUUACACGGGUAACAGCAGACAUCUCUCUGGCUAAACGGUCCAUCCUCAACAACCCUGGCAAAAAGGCCUUAAUGGACCGGUCGAACACCCGCUCCAAUUUAGCCCAGAUCCAAGGCGAGGUGGAGCGUAUCUUUGAGCUCGCCCGCAGCAUGCAGCUGGUGAUUCUAGACGCAGACACAAUCAACCACCCGCUUCAGGUGUCCAAGACCUCCCUGGCACCCAUCCUUGUCUAUGUCAAGAUCUCAUCACCAAAGGUGUUGACAAGACUGAUCAAGACUAGAGGGAAGUCGCAGACCAAGCAUCUUAAUGUUCAGAUGGUGGCCGCAGACAAGCUUGCCCAAUGCCCAACGGAAAUGUUUGAUGUCAUCUUAGAUGAGAACCAGCUAACUGAUGCCUGUGAGCACAUUGCUGAUUAUCUGGAGUCUUACUGGAGAGCCACUCAUCCACCAGAGAUGGAGCCUCCCAAUGCAAUGGUGGCCCAGCUGGCCGAGAAUACACUGCCCACCAGUCCUUCAGCAAAACCGGAUGGGCAAAAAAACAAGAAGUCAGCUGCCCCCAAGAGGAAGGGUUCCCAAGAGAACCAUUUAGACCAGGAGCAACCUUUAGCCCCAGCAAAGGAGCAGAGGGCUGAUGAGGGCCAAAAAAAGGAGGAAGAACCGCUACUAAUGACUGAACCAAAGAGACCCCAGCACACCCACCACCAUCACCACCGCCGGAUGGAGCAUCACAGCCACAGCCAGCACAACCAAACAUCCGGUGGCACGGAAGUACGGUCGAGCAGGGAUUAUAGCCAAAGGCUUCCUCGCAGACGCCUGCCUGAUGAGAGGGAAGAAGAGGUGGAGGAUGUGGAGGAGGACGAGGAGGAGACGCGCUAUAACCACCGAGGCCAUAACCACCACCAUCAUAACAGCAACCACCACCAUCACCACCACCACCAACCCCAACAACAGCUGCACUUCGGGAACAGCCAGAAACACGUUAAGGAAGACUAUGAACAGGAGCACAAUGAACGCAACCGUCAGCACAGGCAUCACCAGCAUAUUCCACCACGGACACACCAAACAGGUCACUAUCCUGGUCACAACUACCACGGCAGAGGCAGGGACAGGGACAGGGACAGGGUCAGAGACAUGGAUAGAGAAAGACACAAGGACAGGGAAAGAGACAGAGAGAGAGAUCGAGGUAGAGGCAGAGAUAGAAACAGAGAUGCACGCCAAUUGCACAGGGAUUCCUAUAUACACUAGUGACAGAUGUUUCUGCUGUGGGUUGGUGCAUGGUUUUAUUCUGCUCAAGUUAUAAUGCACUAAUGACCGGGACAGAGUGUGUCAUCUUUGUAGAAAUGUUACUCUUCAUAUUGUUUGACUUUUUUUGUAAGCUCUGCCACUCACAAACACUGUCCUUUGUUUCUCUGUUUUUUCGUACUAGUUCCUAUUUUAUGUUCACCUAAUUCAUAUAGCUCUGUCCGUGUGUAUUUUUGCACAAACAUUAGACAAGAUUAUUGCAAUGGUUUGCUCAUGCAGCAUGUAUUUUUUUAUAUUUUGCAUUGGUCAUGCAAAAUGUACAGAAGCCAAGAACAGUCGAGGUUGCAAUAAUUUCAUUUUAUCAAUUACUUUACUUUACUUGUUAUCUGUGGUUUAUUUUAUUGUGAUAACCAUAAAAUUAGACAGAGUUGGGUAAAAUAAGAUAAACUUAAUUGUUCGUCAAUGUGGAAAAAGGUUGUUUGCCAUGCUGCUGCCAUUAUCAUAACAAACAUACAUACAGAAAUACAAUACACAUACAUAACAGUUUCAAUAAAACUAAACGUUAUAACCUUCCUGAAGGUAGGAGGUAUUGCAAGAAUGUUUUAUUAUACAACUGUAGUAUGAGAAAAACAAAAUGUUCUUUCAUUGAGAUAUCUCCAGAAAACAACUUGUUUUCUCAAGAUAGCAAAAUAGUUAUCCUUGAUUAAUUUGUUAGUAGGUAGUUUUUAAGAUUUCCAAGCAAAAGUGCCAAAUAUCUGGUGUCAGCCUCUCUGUUUUAGAUCAUUUUAUAAAAAUAAAUAAGAUGGCUUUGAGUUUUGGACUUGUGGUCGCACAAAACAAGCUAUUUGAAGAUGUUAAUUUGGCCUCUGAGAAAUUGUGAUUGUGGCAUUUUUCACUUCUUUUGACAUUUUAUACAUUAAAUAGUUAAUUGAUUAGUCGAGAGAGUAAAUAGCAGAUUAAUUGAUAAUGAAAACAAAUAAGGUUAUCAUGGACAACAUCUCAGUUAGCCUGAAAUAAUACAAUUAAAAAAAAACUUGUGAUCUUGAUAUAAUGGGAUAAUAUAAUAUGAUUGAUAAACGGCUGUUCUUGGCUUCCGUAAAAGGGAUGGAUCUCAUGAUUUUUGAUUCUACAAAGUUACACAAAGGGAUGUUUUGUCUGAUCAGAUCGUCAAAAAAGACGUGUGUUUCAGUGUCACAUCUGACUCUGCCCCCAUGUGUCACAUAGUGUAUAUUCAAAAGCCAACAAUUUAUUUUAAACAUUGGUAAGGAAAGUCAAACUAUUUUUCUAUGUGAUUAAAGGUAAGUCAUACUUUGCUUCCUACUUUUCUAAAUGGUGUUCCAGCAUAUUUAUUGAAUUGCAUUUGAUCUAUCUGGAAGCAUGACAUACUGUACAUAUCUUUUAGUGACAUUGACCUGUGCUAUAUGCUGGAUACUCUAUGCAUCUUCUUGUGAUAAAAUAUAUUGCUUGAAUAAAAUCUCUAUGCAUUUGUAGAUACUUCAUAAUUGCCUUGUUAGGUAAACGUAUGGAGAACCAGAGAGCCUGUUGCACUGUUUGGUAGAACUUUACCUACUGUAUAUGAUUGCUUUGAGUUGAUGUGAUUGAGUUGACUCUGUUCUUUUCAAAAUUAUUUGUUUGGGUUAUUUUUGUUUUGUACAGCAUUCAGAAGUUCAUUUUGAAAAUUUGAAAAAUAUUAAAAUUUAAAACA